GAGGAGAGGAGUGGGCUAUUCACUCAUUGUUACGGGCUCCGUGAGUGGGAAAACCCAGACACGUAGAAAAAAAACUGCCGACAGAAAGAUCCCUCUACACCUAUUGCAGGGAUCCACUCUCUGACCUAAAUCAUUGUUUAUAACCUGUUUAUGUGGUGAGAAGGGGACUCCUGUGGUCAGACAACCCAAAGCCAGGCCUCAUGCUCAGGUGAUGAAGAUCCUAUGAUUCAAGAGGGUGAUGGAGACAUUCAGCCUCAGCCAUGGCAGCCAUCUUUUUACACACACAGACUGGUACACUCUGAGACCAGGAACAGGGCCAGUCUCUCCCCUGAUCGCCACUUACCUGUAUCCCAACACUUUGCUCUCCAUCACCGACCUACUGCUUUGUGAAUGAGGCUGAUGAUUCAGCCUGUCCCUGUCCGCAGCCUGGGUUCUUCCCUAACCCUGUCCCUGUCCGUUCACCAGCCUGCGGGGACCAUGGAGCUGCUGUGGGUGCUGUGUGUGUCCAUGCUGAUGCCUCCAGCGGUGGUGGUGGAGGCCAUCCCCAUGGAGUCUGCAGCCGGGAGCCACAGCAUGUUCACCUGUGAACCUAUCACCCUGCGUCUGUGUCAGCGGCUGCCCUAUAACUCCACCUUCAUGCCCAACCACCUCAACCACUAUGACCAGCAGACCGCCGCGCUCGCCAUGGAGCCCUUCCACCCCAUUGUGAACCUGCAGUGUUCCUCAGAGCUGAGGAUGUUCCUGUGUGCCCUCUAUGCUCCGGUGUGUACUGAGUAUGGACGCAUGACACUGCCCUGCCGACGGCCGUGCCAGAGAGCCAAGGGAGACUGCUACAAACUCAUGGACAUGUUCGGAGUCACCUGGCCAGGAGAGAUGGACUGUAACAGGUUCCCAGACUGUGACGAGCCAUACCCCCGUCCUGGAGACCUGCUCUCCAGCGCAGACUCCACUGAGUCGCCCAUCUCCGUCCAGCACGACUAUGGCUUCUGGUGCCCCCGUGAGCUGAAGAUCGACCCCGACCUGGGCUACUCCUUCCUGGGUGUGACGGACUGCUCGCCCCCCUGCCCCAACAUGUAUUUCCAGCGGGACGAGCUGGUGUUUGCCCGCUACUUCAUCGGCAUGGUGUCCAUUGUCUGUCUCUCGGCAAACCUCUUCACCUUCCUCACCUUCCUCAUCGAUGUGUCCAGGUUCCGCUACCCGGAGCGCCCAAUCAUCUUCUACGCCAUGUGCUAUAUGAUGGUGUCGCUGGUGUUCUUGCUGGGCUUCCUGCUGGAGGACCGGGUGGCGUGCCACGCGGCGAGCUCCGCCCUUUUCCGGGCAUCCACAGUCACCCAGGGCUCACACAACAAGGUGUGCACGUUGUUCUUUAUGAUACUCUACUUCUUCACUAUGGCCGGCAGUGUGUGGUGGGUCAUCCUCACCCUCACCUGGUUCUUGGCUGCCGUGCCUAAGUGGGGCAGUGAGGCCAUAGAGAAGAAGGCCCUGAUCUUCCAUGCCUGUGCCUGGGGCCUACCUGGUUGUCUCACCAUCACUUUAACAGCUAUGAACAAGAUAGAAGGGGAUAGUGUCAGCGGGGUGUGUUUCGUGGGGCUGUAUGACCGCACAGCGCUGAGAUGGUUUCUGCUGGCUCCACUGGGUCUGGAUGUUUUGGUGGGCGUGGCAUUACUGUUAGCGGGAAUCCUUGCUUUGAACCGCGUGCGUAUGGAGAUCCCUCUGGAGAAGGAGAACCAGGACAAGCUGGUGAAGUUUAUGAUCCGCAUCGGGGUGUUCUCUGUGCUCUACCUGGUCCCUCUGUUGACGGUCAUAACCUGCUACCUGUAUGAGAACAGCUAUAGGACUGUCUGGGAGACUACCUGGGUACAGGAGAGCUGCAGAGAGUACCACAUCCCCUGUCCAUACCAGAUUGAGCAGACCAACAGACCAAACCUGUCUCUGUUCCUCAUUAAGUACUUUAUGAUGUUGGUAGUCGGGAUCCCUUCAGUGUUCUGGGUGGGCAGCAAGAAGACCUGCUUCGAAUGGGCCAGCUUCUUACACGGACAGACACGCAAAGAUAGUGUGGUGAACGAGAGUAGACAGGUGCUCCAGGAGCCAGAUUUUGCCCAGCUGCUCCUGCAGGAUCCCAACACCCCCAUGGUGAGGAAGUCCAGAGGGACGUCCACACAGGGCACCUCCACCCACGCGUCUUCCACCUACCUGGCCAUGAUGGACGAGCCCCCCAUCGGGAGCACCAGCCGGGCAAGCAGUGUCCGCAGCAAGAUGAGCAGCCUUUAUAGAUCCAGAGACGGCAGGUACACGGCGUGUAGUUUCCACGGAGUCGAGGAUCGCCUCCCCUACGACAGCAUGCUCCACCUCAACGACCAAUCAGGGUCCAGACACUGCAGCACCAACCGUCAGGACAGCAUAUCAAGGCACGGCUCCACCCAGCGCCUGGAGAGCAAAUCGCAGCACAGCAGCAUCAAGGACCUUAGCAACAUCACCCAGGCCAUUCAGAGCGCCCCCGGCAACGGAAUCCACAGAGUCCUAAAGAAGAAUGGAGCCACUGCCUGAACUUCCCCCUAAACACGACCCUGUAGCUAAAACCCACGCCAUCCUUUAAAAUACACAAGUGUCUAUGCCUAGAGGUGGAUGUUGAUUUGGGACUGGGCAUACUAGAUCUUUGUGUGACAGUUUGAGAGUAAGGAGACUGUGGAAACAGGACAUACUGCAUGGUUGUUUGAUAAUCAUACCUCAACAUGUCCCCUCACUCAGCCUCACUAAACAGCACUGAUAAAUGAAGAUAGCGGACAUUGUAACAUGGACCUGCACCAAUAACACGGAAGAAACAAUAUUCUUGAAUACAGAGUAGUCUCUCCAAUGCUGUUUGUUCUUAUCUAUCGGCACAUUCCACUACUCAGGGAGGGAUGAAUAUAAGGAUGUUAGAAUCUAGAUCGCUCCAUUAUUGGUCGCCAAAGCACUCUUUAAAAGUCAAGACUUUAUUCUUAUAGACCACAUUGUUUACCUGUACGUGAACUAUUGUAGACUGGUUCUACUUUGACACGUCUAUUGUUUAAUGUACUGCAAGUGAGGAGUAGGGCCAGGAGUCUGUCUGUCCUAUUGAUGAAUGUGAAGUGAGAGGCUGUAUUGUAUAACAGCGGACUUACAAACUCCAGUCUCAUAGGUAGAAUAUGAUAGUGUUCUUUUCCCUCAGAAUUAGAAUCAGUUGUAUUGUUCCUCUCCUAUGAAUUGUAUAGAUACAUGUAAUGCAAUGUGAAUAGAUGUACAUUUGUUUUUGUUUUUUUUUAAUUGGGGAGGGAGGGUCAUUUUUAAUAAACUCUUCUCAUGGGAAAUCUGUAAGUGGAUCUGUGCCCAAGCAUGGAAGCCAAACCAUGGUGAAUCAGGCUAUAUGUCCCCUCCCAAUGAAAGAAAGGAAAUCAGGACACGAACAUCAGUGAAGCCGUAUUUGUAACAGCCCUCCGUUUUAUUGAAAUACAUUGGAGUCAGGUUAAUAUAAUGAGCUCUCUUAAUGAGCCUGUUUCCAUACAUUAUUUGUUUGACCUUACACCUUAAAUAUUUCUGUGCAAAAAGAAUCUACAUCACCUGUAGUGGGUAUCCUCAGUAAAACUCCCCAACCGAUCAAAUAAAAUGAAAAACUAAUCCAAAACAAAAAAAUGAUUACAUCUAUAACAUGCGAAACUGUACAAAUUAUUACAAAGCUAUCCUAGAAAAAAAAGUAAUGUGAUAUGAAAGAGCUAAAUAAUAUAGAAGGAACUUAAGACCUCACUGAAAUGCAAAGGCGUUUUCUUAAAAACAAAUAUGGUUAGUAUGGUGGCACCUCAGCCUCAAACUACUGCCUUUCACCCCUCUUCUCAUC